GAGGAGAGAGAGAGAGAGAAAGAGAAAGAGAGAGAGAGAGAAAGAGAGAGCGAGUUCUCACUGUGAAAGAAGAGUCGGAAGCCGACGUGACGCGAGAGCGCGCGAUUUGCAACGCUCUCUGUUCGCGAACGGUGAUAGAUUUCAGUCAGUUCCGUUGAUUCGCGGCCGGCGGACCAGCAUAAAGAAAAUCCAGGGACGUACUGCCCCGCGGUGCUCCGUAUCCGUGACUUAUCUCGUCGCGGAGAGAGGACUUGCUCCGCGUUUGCCAGCGGCAGGCGGGAAAGGAGAGCAGAGAGAGAGAGAGGCGAGAGAAUCAGCCGUCGCUCUCUCUCUUUCUCUCUGUUCGCCGACGGCGAAGAAUGAUCCAAGCCGAGGAGGAAGAACGCUGAGGACUCUAUCCGGGGUGAGAGAAGAACGAUAUAAAGCGUGCCAGCGGAAAUCGCAGUGAUUUAUACGCCGCGAUCAUAAGUUUCCUCGCGGCCGGGGCAAGGAGGAGAAGAGAAAGGGAGAAAGGAGAAAGCCAGUGUAUGUAGGUGCAGUACGUGUGUGUAUGUACUACGUACGGGUGCUCUACGAUAUGGCCAGUCACGAGUGAGGCUCCCGGUACCCCCGACAUCCAUUCUCGCGGAACCACCACGAACACGUACCAUUCCGGAAAGAUGAUACGCGACUACCUGAUACUGCUCUCGUGGCUGUGCGCGGUGCAAGGGAAGAUAGGCUAUUUCUGGCAUAUCACCGACAUCCAUUACGACCCGAAGUAUUCCACGCAAGGAAACGCCGCCACCAUGUGUUGGAACACGCGAAACAGCGUCGACGGCGGGAGGAUAAGGCUCGACAGGAAACUGGCGGGCGAGUUUGGCGACUACAGCUGCGACUCGCCCUGGGCCCUCAUCGAAUCGGCGGCGCGAGCGAUGAGAUCGAAGCACGGCGAAGGCAUCGAGUUCGUCCUGUGGACGGGUGACGCGCUGACGCGCACCGCCGGCAUGAGCGUCGAGCUGCGUCUGCAGUGUUUGCGAAAUCUGACCGAUCUGUUGUCCCGCACGUUCAAGGGACAAUUCGUAUUCCCCGCGCUCGGCCACGAGGACAUCGGCGUCAGCUACACGCAGCUCGCGGAUAUUUGGCACCAGUGGCUACCGCAGGAGGCGCUCGACACCUUCGAGAAGGCCGGCUACUAUACGAUCGAGCAACGCUCGAAGAAGUAUCGGAUCGUCUUCCUUAAUACGAAUUUGUGGCUGAAUCCGGUGGACAGCCGUAUGCUGCAUCGCGCCGGCAGCACCACGGUCGAUAACACGCAGGAUCCUUUUGGCCAAUGGUUCUGGUUCGAGUCGGUGCUCGAGAAUGCGCGGAAGAAGAAGGAGACGGUGUACAUAGUCGGCCACACACCGCCAGGAGUAGACGACCAUGAAAGCGGCGCCGCGGCGCUCAACGAGAGGCACAACACGAGGUAUCUGCAGGUGGUGCGGCUCUACUCGGACAUUAUUCGGGGACAGUUCUUCGGGCACUGGCAUUCGGACACGUUUCGCGUCAUCUAUAGCGACACAGGUCUGCCCGUAUCCUGGAUAAUGAUGGCUCCCAGCGUAACGCCCAGCACUGUCGGCGGGCCCAACAACCCGGGCUUGCGACUGUACAAAUUCGAAACCAACACCGGACAGAUUCUGGAUUACACGCAGUACUAUCUUAAUCUGCCCGAAGCAAAUUCAAUCGGCAAGGCGAACUGGAUGAUCGAGUACUCGUUGCUCGACUAUUAUGAGCUGCAGGAGAUCUCGGCGAUCACUCUUCACGACCUGGCGGAUCGAUUUACGCAAUCGAACGAUUACGCCUUCGUCAGAUAUUACGCGGCCAACACGGUCUCGCUGCCGCGCGAGGUGGAGCAAAUCUGGGGCUGCGGCGGCCCCCUCAACGGCGUCUGUGCGCUGCAUCAUUACUGCACCGUAACGAGGCUCAAUCCCGAGUCUUACAGGGAGUGCUACUCCUCCUACGCUUACGCGUUGGCGUCCACGGGACACUCCACCGUGCGUCCCUACCUCGUGCUGCAGCUGCUGCUGGUCCUGCUGAUCUGCGCCGAAGUCCUCAACGUCCGGUAGGAUGAGCGAGAAUGCUCAGUCACGACGGUCCGGCUCCAGGACGGUCCGGGGUCUUCUCCGUGAAGAGGGCUCGCCCGGGAUCGGGAUCGCGCAGCGGCGGUCUAGGAGUUAAGGCCAUGAGUUAAGGGAAAAAAAGGAAAAGCAAAAAAAAAAAAGGAAAAAAGAGAAAACAAUGAAAACAGGCGAAAACGCGAGUCUAGCGAUAUCUGGCGUUUACGCCGCCCACGUGUGUCAUCUACUUUGUCUAUGUCUCUGUCGUGUCUCCGUCUUCUCCUUGUCGCGCCACCGAGAUUGUUCAGGCGCGUCGCGCUCGUUCCGUCGUCUUUGGUGUGUUUGCGUGUGUGUAUUCGGCCCCGCGUGGCCUUUGCAAGCGAGGCCGGAAAAAGAAUCCGCGGUGGUGGUGGCGGCGGCCUCCGGCUGCUGCGCGCCUCCUGGCGCGGACAUCGCCGCGAUGACGCUCGCCUUCAUGACGUUCGCCGGACAAUUACGCGCGCGGCGCCCCGCACGCCGUAACAAUCGGGAACGCGCGCAGAGGCGCGCACGCACGCGUAUAAUGCGGGCGUAAUUCGGUGGAUUAGAGUAACUCGGUGCGCCGUAAUACUCGGUGCGUACUCCGAUCAAUUGGUCGCGUCGCGACCAGAGUGCAACAAUGCGGGCGAAGUUCGACCCGCUCGCUUUUCCGCUUACUUGUUCGAUCGAACGACCGCUGCCGAGCGGCCGCGAACAGCCGCGCGCGGCUUGUUCCGCGGCUGCGCUGCGAUGCGGGGGAGGUAGGGGGGAACAAAGGAUAUACGAGCAAGGAAGGGGCAGAGCGGAAGGGGAAGGACGAAAGAUCGCGUCGAAACCAUUCUUUUCGUCUUCGUUCGCAAGUUUCACGAGAGCUCUCGAGCGUAAAUCGCCGUUCGAGACGCAGCGUCUCGCCCGGCGCGGGGCGGCGAUCCGAACGUUCCGCGGCCGCGAGCACCCGGUCGGGGGUGCGACGACUCCCGUCGUGGCAAGGCGCCAGGGUCGGGCGAAUUUUAUCUCGAAUAACGAAUUAAAAGUACCGAAUAAAAGUCGAAGAUUUAUUUGUCCGUAACGAGGACCAACUCCAUUCGCGACUGAAUUUAUUCGACGCGCCUGGGCGCGCGUUAGCGUGGAAUGAAUUUUUAUUCCUAUGCACGCGCGCUCUCUUCUAUCCGCGAAUGUACCCGUAUCGGAAUUCAGUUCUUACCCGUUGGAAUGAUUCGGUCGCGCGAGCAUGCCCGGCACAAGUCGAAAAAUCGGCUCCUCCCCGCGAGUUUCGUCUCGCGAGCACGCGAGCACCGAGACUUUUAUCGCAGGUGAGCGACGAAAGGGAGAACAAGUUCUUUCUCUCUCUCUCUCUCUUUCUCUCUCUCUCUCUCUCUCUCUCUCUCGUUCGAAUGGUAUAAUUGUUCGUCAUUUAUGUAAUAUUCGUGUCACUCGCGACGAGAGGAAGGAGAAUUUGCCCGAACAAUGCCCGGCUCCGGGCGAAGAAAAAAAGCAAAAAAAAGAAAGAAAGAAAGAAAGAGAAAAAAGGUCGAACGGCGGUCGAGAAGUUUCAGCCUCUUAAUAGUCGUGACCGCGUCGCGUCGCGUCGCAUUCCCGAACAGUCGGUAUCGGUGUACGUCUCGCGGCGCGCGCGCCUAUAUUCAAAUGUAAUUAAAGUUUUAUGCCGAGGACUUUUACGCCGUACUUCGUAAUCCAAUGUCAAAACUCCGGAACACCGCCCUGGAAACGCUCCGAGCAAAGUCGACGACUCGAGAAGGAGGCUGCGUCGAAGCUCUAAUAGCUUAAAGAUUAUAUUCGUACUACCAUUUCGCGAUUGUCGGAACGAUGCAGUAUUUCUUAAUAAAGGACUCAUGGAUUUGUA